GAGUUCGCUUUCGACCAGCACCAACUCUUCGGAGCGGGACGACGCUACGAUCCUGGAGAACCACAAACCGGUCAAGAAGAUCAACGGUCAUUGGCGGGAGGCGGGGGCGCCGUCGUCGUCUGAACACCAAACGACGUCCGACGGGCGCAAAGCGGACAAGACAAAUUCAAUGAUCCACACGUCCAAGAAAUGGAUGAGAAAAGCUUUUGCUAUCCAGUCAGUAGCCAAGGCUCAGAAACGUUUUCACAGGGCCCGUAACAGACAGCUCAAAUACACGCCAGAGCAUAAUGCACUGUACAUCUUUGUUUUGGAAUCCACUGACACCUCAAGGCAAAGGUCUGCUGGCCAUUCAGUCCGUCUCUCAAGUUCAGUCUGGAUUUAGGCUGGAUUUCGAUUUGGACAAGUCGACUCAGAUUGUCAAGAAACUCAAAUUAGUCGACACGCCGUUACAGAUUUAACGCAAAACUAUGCUAUUUAUCUAUGCAUAUUGCAUAUCUAUGCUUUUGCUAUUCUUAGAUGUUAGAAAGUAAUCAAUAAUUGAUUUUAUUGAUAUUUUCAUUUUAUAAAUGCCUAUGAAAGCUUUUUCCCGGCGAGCAAGAUUAGUAUUUGUUUUUAAAUGAAUUGCUCAAAAUGCUCAUAUCAAAUUAUCAAUCAACUCAUGCACCGUCUGAUGUCAUCGAAUUCGAUUCCUAUUUCCCGCUAUUUCCAGAGUGAUUAUUUAGCAGUUUGGCACCGUUUCACGACCCAACAAUUCUUUAAUCCUUUUGCUUUGUGCAGUAGCCAUAGCAGGUCAUGUCUAUGCUACUUAAGAAAAGGAAAUAACAGAAUUACUAGUGUCAGACCUUUCCUUAUAAUUGUAAUCACAUUUCCUUUGAAUAUCCGUUAAUAUUGUCGAUGCAAACAUGCCACAAGUAAAAAGUGUUGAGAGUCUGUUCCAGUUGUGUUUAGACAAUGUUACAGACCACAUGGAUGAAUGGGCUAAGAAAUCGCCUAAGUUGAAUGGAGUGGAGGACAUAGAGUUCAUCAAAAAAAGCACUAAUCCUUUCUAUGAUUUACCUUCUGUUAUCAUAGAGGAAAUCAUUCUGCUUCUUAAGAAAAAAAAAUUGCUUGAAACCAAAUUUAUCGAGCUUCUCAUCACUCCACAAUUAUGGACUUUGGAUUUCCGUUCAACGUGUGAUAAAGAUGAGGUGUCUGGCCUUCUCCGUCUUGCCACCAUCAUAAGCCCAGAUCUGAAAAAUUUGUGGCUUUGUCAUGAGCAAUACUUCAUAGACAAUGAUAAAUAUGAGAGUUUCAUUCCCAAAUUUUCCAAUUUACAAGUUGUGGAUAUUUCAUAUUCUAAGAAAGGAGACUCUUGCUUGCAGUUACUUGGCCUAUAUUGUAAAGAUUUGAGAGUGCUGCAUGCUAAACACAGCUCAGUUUCAGACUAUGGAAUUCAACAGCUGUGUGUCAGUGGAAAGUGCAAAUCCAUUCAUAAAUUGGAUGUUUUUAGUAACUUCGAGCCCCUGACAACUAAGGGUCUCCAGUUGGCCAUUCUAAAUUUACCUGCCCUAACUAUACUUCGUCACCCAUUAUUAGUUGACGUUUUGGCCGAUAUGGCUCAGGCUGCCAUGGAUGAAAAACUUGAAACGCCCAAACUAUCCUUGUCGACACUCGCCAUCCAUUCGUCAUAUAAAGCUGGUAGUCUGGCUCUUGCUGUGUCCAUAUGCCCGUCUAUUACGACUAUAGAUGUAAGAAUGGCAGAAGAAUUGACUGACAUUGAGCUUUAUGCCCUAUUAUCUCUAAAAAAUAUUAGUGCCAUUCAUUUUUGUGCUUCUGACCAUAACACAUUUGAUGGUGGCAUUGUCCCCCUUCUUAAGUCUUUUGGAAAAUCUUUGAAGUCGUUGGGACUUUUCUAUUUCACCUCUACCGUUAAAAUUCGUGCUGUUACCGAGUAUUGUCCCAACUUGAAAUCCCUAACCCUCGGUUGUAAUAGCAGUUACUCGAUGGCAUGGACUGAAGAAAGUCAAAAAUCUCGUGAAGGCGAACCGAUCGAUGGGGGACGACUCGAAUUGAAGAAGCUUGAACAGUUGCAGUUUUUUCUUAGAAAAGGAUUCAUCGACAGUGAAGUUGUGUUGGCACUUCUUUCAUCCUCUUCGCUCAAGUCUAUUUUCUUAAGUGGUUGCUGCAUUCUCACUGAUGACGUUCUGCUGAAAGCUGCUAAUUACCACUCGUUCCGAAACUUAGAGUCUUUAGAUAUAUUUGAUUGCAAGACGGUUUCAAGUAAAGGUAUUGACGUCCUCAUGGAAGAAGGCAAUUCUCUCAAGAGUCUCGACAUUCGUGGUUGUGGACAGAUUUUGAUUAAACACAUUUCAUCUUGGGUCAGGAAAGCUGCGAAGAAUAAUUGGGAAUUAUCUGUGGAUCCCAAAGUUCCUCUUAGUUGCGUUGAACACAGCGAUUCUGAUAACGAUUCUGAAGAAGGAUUUCAAUUUUUGAAUUUUUUUCUAGCUGGUUUUAUACAUGAUAUGCUGGAUUCGGAUGAUGAUGAUGAAGAUGAUGAAGAUAUAGAGGUAGAAGAAGACAGUGAUGAAGACCAGAAUUAGAAUGAAAGUGAUGAAGAAAGUGAAGGUGUGGAAGACGAUGACGAUGUUAUGGAAUUUUAAAAUUGAUCAAUAACGAUUUUGUGUACUCAUUUUUAUUUUAUUCCCUAUAGUUUCUGUUCGUAAGUUUGUUUUUUUUCUACUGUUUUAUUUUUUUGAAUGGAACUAAUGUUUGGCUGGAACGAGUCUUCACUCCGCAUCCUGGAAAUAUAGUAAUCUUGAUUUCAGUA